AUGGCGAGCCAGGAUGGACAGCCCACCUUGGCGCUGGAGUCACCGGAGCCGGCGGCUGGUCCGCCCACCGGUCCUGUGGGUUUGGAGGCGGCGGCCGGUCCGCCCACCGGUGGUGGUGGUGCUGUGGAGGCGGCGGUAGCGCCGCCCGAGGCAGGUGAGCACAAGCGCUGCGUCUCUUGCGGGCUCCUGGCGGCAGUGCCGCAGGCCGGUGCGUGUCAGAGCUGUCGCACGGUCGACAAACAGCGCCAGCGCCACGGCCUCUCGUGGCCGGCGGAUCUGUCCGCGGAGGAGAAGCUGGCCUUCUACCAGCAAGUCGCCGAACAGCGGCGGCAGAGCCCCGACAGCCGCCUGAAGUGGGAGACGGUGGAGGCCGCGUACAAGGAGACCCUGCGGCGGUUUCAGCGGCGCACGACGCGGUCGAGCCGCGGCGGGCCCUUCCUGCCCAUGGAGGUGUGGCUGCGCCGUGGCUUCACAGAAGAACAGGUCAAGAAGGGCAACUACGAGGAACAUCCCCAACUGGGACCCACCUACCAGCUCGAGAUAUUGCGACACACCGCGACGCCGCGCGGUUUGCUAACUGGUUAG